UUGUCGUUACCGACAUUGUCAGUCUAGCGCGAACCGCUUUGCUUGAGUGGGACUUUAGUCAGCCACAGUGACUACCACAAGCUGUACGGGAAUGCGGAUCCACUGCUACUUCUUGUGGAACAAUCGACUGCGAGUGUGUAGUCCGCCCUGCCUGCCUGCACACAGCGAGCAGCCGACCGCAGAUACUGAUGACGUAGUCAGCAGAUUGACGGCGCAUUGCGUAAGGGUCAAGGUCAUUGUCCCAGUCGUCUGCCACUGCAGCAUUUUGCUGGACUGGUGCGCGCGGGAAAUUCAGCAACUGAGAGCGAUAUUUCCGAAUUACUAAUUCACGAGUUCAGGCAAGCAAAAAUCAACACUUCGACAGGAUUGAAGAUAACUAAGUACAUCUCAGAAGUUUGGAUUGUUCAAAGCAUCUGAUCAAUUGUAGGUGAUCGAUUAAAGGCGAUCAACAGGUGAUCAAUUACAGACGAUCAGUUGUAGGUCAUCAGAUGCAGGUGAGUGUGGAGGCAGAUAUUUUACCUUUUGUGGGGCUACACCUGACAAUCUCUCAUCUAUACAGAUAACCAAUCGCAACUCCAGAAGAUCGAAGUGACGUUCGCUCGUACGUGUGCUUGUGACGUCUCUACCCGUGCUGACGACAUGGGCAGAGAGAAGUACCCUCCGCUGAAUUCACACGAACCUCUCAGUCGACAGGGAAAAACCGUGGUGGCUCUUGUCAGGGUCUGUGUCCUGCUGUCUAUCCUGGCCUGCGUCGUCUGGCGUGACAUCAUACAGUCCUGUAUUAACGUCACAUGGAGCUACUUGUUGACAACAUGGUGGUUCAACACCGUGUACUUUGAGACAGGUUGGGCGACACUGAUUUACGCCAUUAUUAUUUCUGUCUAUCCCUUCGCCCUACACUUCAUACGCUGGUUCGAUCGGUUCAAAGUCCACCCGUCAGUUACUUACAUUCAUCAGCCUUUUCUCGGCAUACUGAAAGACGUGGUGUGGUACAUGGCACCACUGGCUUUGCUGGACACGGUCAUUGUGAAGAAGUACAAUGGGGUGGACCCCACACUCUGGCGCACCAAGGAGCUAGCGUGGAUCCAGACUACUCGCGCCCUGCCUGCCGCGCCCCCGUCUGUAGGCCAGCUCUUUUUUCAGGUGAUUGGCAGUGUGCUUAUUUACGACGCCAUGUUCUUCUUCAUACAUCUAAUGCUGCACAAGCACCGGAAGCUGUACUUACUGCUACAUGAACGACAUCACGUGCAGGACGUCAUGCACGCGCACGUUACCAACCAGCUGUCAAUGGGAGAACGCGUCACAUUGGUUCUCGCUGCUAACCAGGCUUUGAAAAUACUCUUUAGCCACCCGCUGUCCCGCGCUGUGUUUGUUCCUGUGUUCAUUUGGCUGCUGGUCGACAACCACAGCGGUUACGACUUUCCCUGGGGUCUGCAGCACGUGGUGCCCGGAGGCCUGAUGGGAGGAGCUCGCGCGCACUACGCCCAUCACAUGCACGGCACCCGCCACUACCAGCCCUUCUUUACUUAUCUGGACAAAGCCCUCGUAUGGCGCGAGGGCGGCACUAGCCACUUUCAGAAGUCCGGCAACUGAAAGGAACGAUUGUGACGUUACCGGUCUACGUCUUCUGUGUAACUAGAUAGCUCAUCAAAAGUCUGACUGUUACAAACAGCAGUUGAUUGUUUUAAAUAAUAAUAUAUUUUGUGAAUAUUCUGCAGCAUAUCGGUCUUCAAAAGUCCCUCUUCACUUCUUUGCGGCCUUCUUUGAAGUCCACUUUUGGAACAGUGAUGACUGCGGAUUUUUAAUCAAUAAAGCAUAAAGAGACUGGA